UCAGGGAACUCAACGUAGCUAAACACUAGAACCUAGAACACUGGUAUAAGAAAUACCAAAAUAAAAACACUAGAAAGUAAAGUAGGAAACAAGAACUACUAAAAUAAGAAAUGUAAACUGAAAAUACAAACUAUAUAAGACCAAAUCAUGAAAAACGUACUAUACAAGCUCAUGUCCAUUUACCAUUUACAACGCGUCCACCUUCCAGUCUGAUCAGUAGGUGGCUUUAGAGGGAGCACAGAGGGGAAGGGGUGGGUGCAGACGGAGCACUGAGGGAAUGCUACUUUAAAAUUCAUGCCAGUUCUUGAAAAUGACCAGCCCUGCCUUUAAGAUGGAGCGAGUAUCGGUGAGGAAAGGCGGCAGUAUGUUCACUUCAGUGAAGGCCUUCGAGGGGCAGCAGUACUCCACCCUGAAGAGGCAGUGUCUGCAGAGUGGCCUCCUCUUUGAGGACCCCCGCUUCCCCGCUACCGACGACUCGCUCUUCUACCUGGGCAACAGGAUCGGACGCGUGGUGUGGAAGAGGCCUCGGGAGCUGUGUGAAGACCCUCACCUGUUUGUGGAUGGAAUCAGCGCUCACGACUUGCAUCAGGGACAGCUGGGGAACUGCUGGUUCGUAGCGGCGUGCUCCAGCUUGGCCUCCAGAGAGUCUCUAUGGCAAAAAGUCAUCCCUGACUGGAAGGAGCAGGAGUGGGACACAGAGAAGCCAGAAUCCUACGCUGGAAUUUUCCACUUCCGCUUCUGGCGUUUUGGCGAGUGGGUGGACGUGGUGAUUGACGACCGGCUACCGACGGUGGACAACCAGCUGGUCUACUGCCACUCCAACGACAGCAACGAGUUCUGGAGCGCUUUGGUGGAAAAGGCCUACGCCAAGGUUUAUGGCAUCUACGAGGCUUUGGACGGGGGAAACACAGCUGAUGCGCUGGUGGAUUUCACUGGUGGGGUUUCAGAGCCUGUGGACCUGCUGGAGGGUCAGAUGGCAACAGACGAGGUGGCCCGGAACCAGCUGUUUGAAAGAGUCCUCAAAGUCCACAACAGAGACGGCCUCAUCAGCUGCUCCAUCAGG